AUGUGGGGAAGCAUCGACGAGCAGCGGUUGGUGAGGAUUCUUGAAGACCCACAGAAAUUGCACUACAAGGAUGAAUGGAUCCACGUCGCUGCGGGGGAUUCUCGAGCAAGGGGUUCUCGUGCUAGGGACCUGCUGGAGAUAUUCACGUUUGGCACCGUAGAGGAUGUUCCCGCAUCGAUAGAGUUAUCCGAGCGAAUGCUGCACAAACUGCGGAAGCUAACACUGCUCUCACUGACGGAGUUGUACAGAGUGAUACCGUACUCAUUUGCCCUCGAGAAGUGCCAGAUGAGUGACAGAAGUCUGAUGGAGACGUAUUUCAUUCAGCUGGGUUCCGUGCUCGAGUUCCAAAUGGACCCGAUCUCGGAAACGGUCACCGUGACGAACUUCUUUGAUUGUAGGGACGUAUACGACAACGAGGCGGAAUUGCGAAUAGUGCGGAAUGCACAUUACACGAGAGAGCAACUUGUAACUGGAUUGCAAAAAUGGAAGCUGAAAUUGGAGAAUGAGAUCCUCCCAUCGCAAAGUUAA